GCUAACAAAGAUCAUUGGAAGAAUUUGUUCCUUUUCUCUAUUUUGUAAUAAAACAAGCUCUCUCCAGAGUGGAGAAUCGUCUUCUGAAACGCUAACCUGCCCUUUUCUCCUUUUUGGAAUAAAAAAAACAAGCUGUCUCCACAGUGGAGAAUCAUCUUCUGAAACGCUAGCUCUCCACUGUUUCAAGUCACCCAUGGCAACUUCGAACGUGAAACAAACACUGGGCAAUCUUAACGAAGAGUCCUUUGUUUCACUUCUAACAAAGGUCAUUGGAGAAUCCAAGUUCCUUCAAAACAACCCUCCAGAACUUUUCCCAGAAGAAGACAGGGUGGUCAAGCAUGUACUAGAUUGUCUCCUACCUUACAGUACAACAACUGGAGGAGGACCUUUGGUUGUUAACCAUGUUACUUAUUUCCCUGGAAGAGGCAAUCUCAUUGUGGAGUAUCCCGGAACUGAGCCUGGGAAGAUCCUGUCUUUUGUUGGGAUGCAUAUGGAUGUUGUCACCGCUAAUCCCAAUGACUGGGAUUUUGAUCCUUUCUCGUUGAGCGUUCAUGGUGAUAAACUUUUUGGCCGUGGAACUACUGAUUGUUUGGGACAUGUUGUCCUUGUAACUGAACUCAUGAAGAGACUUGCUGAGACAAAACUGGAACUAAAAUCAACUGUUGUUGCAGUUUUUAUAGCCAAUGAAGAGAACUCAGCAAUAACCGGAGUUGGUGUUGAUGCACUAGUGAAAGAUGGGCUGCUUGAUAAGCUGAAGGGAGGUCCACUUUUCUGGAUUGAUACAGCGGAUAAACAACCUUGCAUUGGUACUGGUGGUAUGAUACCCUGGAAACUUCAUAUGACAGGGAAGCUAUUUCACAGUGGCUUACCACACAAGGCUAUAAAUGUAUUGGAGCUAGGCAUGGAAGCACUUGAGGAAAUCCAACUACGGUUUUAUAAAGACUUUCCACCUCAUCCAAAUGAGCAAGUAUAUGGAUUUGCUACACCAUCAACCAUGAAACCAACUCAAUGGAGUUAUCCAGGUGGUGGAAUCAAUCAAAUUCCUGGAGAGUGUACAAUAUCAGGAGAUGUCAGGUUAACUCCUUUCUACAAUGUAAAAGAUGCAAUGAAGAAGCUACAAGAAUAUGUAGAUGACAUAAACGAAAAUAUAGACAAGCUAGACACCCGGGGUCCAGUUUCAAAAUACAUCCUACAUGAUGAAAACCUUAGAGGAAGCCUUACAUUGACUUUUGAUGAGGCAAUGCCUGGAGUUGCUUGUGAUCUUGAUUCUCGCGGUUUCCAUGUAUUGUGCAAAGCAACUGAAGAUGCAGUUGGGCAUGUGAAGCCUUACUCAAUUACUGGAAGUUUGCCACUCAUUAGGGAGCUGCAAGAUGAGGGUUUUGAUGUCCAAACUGCUGGCUACGGUUUAAUGUCCACGUACCAUGCCAAGAAUGAGUACUGCCUUCUAUCUGACAUGUGCCAAGGCUAUCAGGUUUUUACCAGCAUCAUCUCCCAGUUAGAAGAUUGAGAUAUCGAGUUAUAUAUGAGCUAAAUAAGCAUUGUAACCAUUCCCCCAUAAGCACGAUGCAAAAUCAUAUGACGUUUGAGCAGUUUGUGUGAAUAUUACGAUAUACAUGCUUACUGCAACGAAGUAUUCUGCUAGUUUGUUUGAUGUGGAUUUUACUCAUUUGAUUUCUAAAGCACGAUCAAUUGAAACUCCGACUUUUUUUUGGUAAACAUAAACAUGACAAAAAAGCAAGCUCGCUA